AUGCCUGCGAUUGAGAACCUCGGCGCCACGACGCGCACCAGCCCUCUCUGGUCCCCGGACAAAGUCACUGUCAUCUUCGUCCUCGGUGGCCCUGGUGCGGGCAAGGGAACACAGUGCACGAAGCUCGUCUCGGACUACGGCUUCAAGCACCUGAGUGCGGGCGACUUGCUGCGCGAGGAGCAGGAUCGUCCUGGGAGUGAGUUUGGCGAGAUGAUCAAGACAUACAUCAAGGAGGGUACAAUCGUGCCCAUGGAGGUCACGAUCCAGUUGCUGGAGAACGCCAUGAAGAAGGCUAUGGAGAUUGAGAACAAGAGCUUGUUUCUGAUUGAUGGUUUCCCUCGCAAACUUGACCAGGCCCACGCCUUUGAGCGCUCCGUCGUCCCGUCCAAGUUCACUCUCUUCUUCGACGCUUCUGAGGACGUCAUGCUCAAGCGUCUGCUGCACCGCGCCGAGACAUCUGGCCGUGCCGACGACAACAUCGAGUCGAUCAAGAAGCGCUUCAAGGUCUUCGUCGACACCAGCAUGCCCGUUGUCAACGAGUUUGAGACGCAGGGGCGUGUUGUCAAGGUCGAUGCUGUCCAGGAACCCGACAAGGUGUACCAGGAUGUGCAGGAGAAGAUCAAGGCACGGGGUGUCGAGCCGAUCAGCUUGAAGUUCGUGCAGACUGCAUAG